AUGAGAGAGAGUGUGUGCGUGUGUAUGAGAGAAUGAGAGUGUGUGUAUGAGAGUGUGUGUAUGAGUGUAUGAGAGAGAGAGAGUGUGUGUAUGAGAGAGUGUGUGUAUGAGAGAGAGAGAGAGAGAGAGAGAGAGAGAUGAUCAGAAUGCGAGGCGCAUAGCGGCGGUUGCAUCGUCAGUCUGCGCGCAGAAGCGCAAGAAAGCACACACACACACACACACACACAUUCAGUAUUACAGUCACAUCGCUGCUUCUCUCCGUGUUUCCCCUCUCAGUGCUGUGUACACGGGGGUUCAGGAACAUUUCCACACACACACACUGCAGUACCUGUACUGAUCAACUUGCCAAGUUUCCAGGAGCAGGAUUUUUUUUCCAUCGCUUUCCCUCGUCUGUUUGUUCUGCGCAUCUCAAAAGAGACCAUCAGAGAAAGAGACUGAGGUGAUCUCCAGCCUUGAGCAUCCUCCUCUCUGUGCAUCGCGAUGAUUUCAAGAUGAUUUGAAAGACCACUGCAAUAUUCCCUUGAUCCUGUUUAGCAUCCUGACUUCCCUGGUCUUCAGUGCAGAAGUUGAAAGGAAGAUUUCACAGUACCAUCUUUGAGUAAAAUGGCUGCCCUUGUGAAAAACAGCUUGUAUGUGCUUUUAUCAUUUACUCUACUUCCUCUGAUUUUAAGCAUGCACCCAGGCUGUGUCAUCCAACUUGAAAAAGAAAAAUGUAUGGAGAGGAUGGCCUUGGAUGACCCUGUCAGUGACCCUGAAAAUGUGUGUCGCUGGAUGUGGGACAAUCUGACAUGCUGGCAGCCAGCGGGAAUAGGUGAUGUGGUGUGGAUGCCCUGCCCUGAGCUUUUUGAGGUCAUGAACGAAGACUAUGAUGUUAUUGCAGAGUUUGGAAAGGUGAGCCGUAACUGUACUGAGGAUGGCUGGUCAGAGAUGUUCCCUCAUUAUGUGGACGUGUGUCCUUUUGAUGACAAUAGAACCACUCCUAUGGACAAGUACUAUGUGUCUGUGAAAGCUCUGUACACAGUGGGCUACAGCACAUCCCUGGUGUCUCUCACCACUGCCAUGGUGAUCCUCUGCUGGUUCAGGAAGCUUCAUUGCACCAGGAACUUCAUCCACAUGAAUCUCUUCGUGUCUUUUAUCCUGAGAGCCAUCUCAGUUUUCAUUAAAGAUGGAGUUCUGUAUGCUGAGGAGGACAGCAGCCACUGUUUUAUACACACUGUGGAAUGUAAAGCAGUGAUGGUGUUUUUUCACUACUGUGUUUUGUCAAACUACUUCUGGCUGUUCAUUGAGGGACUAUACCUCUUUACUCUACUGGUGGAGACCUUCUUCCCUGAGAGGAGAUAUUUCUACUGGUACACCAUCAUCGGCUGGGGAACCCCAACAGUGUGUGUAACAGUCUGGGCCAUGCUUCGUAUCCAUUUUGAUAACAUUGGAUGUUGGGACAUAAAUACCAACGCUGCCAUCUGGUGGGUGAUAAAGGGACCUGUGCUUGCUUCCAUUAUGAUCAAUUUUGUCCUCUUUAUCGGUAUCAUUAUAAUCCUUGUCCAGAAGUUGCAGUCUCCUGAUAUAGGAGGCAAUGAAUCCAGUAUUUACUUACGCCUUGCUCGCUCCACUCUCCUGCUCAUCCCUCUCUUCGGUAUCCACUACACUGUGUUUGCUUUCACUCCUGAGGACGUCAGUAAGAGGGAACGACUCGUGUUUGAACUGGGUCUUGGGUCUUUCCAGGGCUUUGUGGUUGCUGUCCUUUACUGCUUCCUUAAUGGAGAGGUGCAGUCGGAGGUGAAGAGGAAGUGGAGGAGCUGGACAGUGAACCGUUACUUUGCGGUGGACAUGAAGCACAGGCACCCGUCCUUGGCUAGCAGUGGCGUAAAUGGGGGCACGCAGCUCUCCAUCCUCAGCAAAAGCAGCUCACAGAUCCGCAUGUCCAGCCUGCAGGCUGAGACUCCAGCCACAUGAGCGGCAGUCUCUCAGAUCCGCAGACACACACUGAACUCCUCACACUUAGUGCUAUAGUAGUCCAGUUUCACCUCACAGACUUGUAGGAAGUUGCAUUGUGUGGGGCAAACUGAUGCUGGAGGCCAUUCAUCACAGCAAUCUGCUCCUGAACACAAAAGAAUUCAACACCUUUAACAAUCACAUGGCCAAGGACACAAAUAUUUGGCUCAUCCUUGAUAUAAACGACGGCAUUUCUAGAGCCAUUGGAAAUCUCAAAUGAAAGAAAUAUUUCACUCAUUGAUUGUGAUGAUCUUGAACACAAAGGCUGAAUAUCUCUGGCCUGCCAUAGAACUCUUGCCCAUAUUGAUGUGAAAUGGCCCCUUAGCCACAUAGGAAUGGUUUUAUCCAUGAUCCUAGCAAAAAAUAAAAAAUUAAAAAAUACAAAGGGAUGAUACAAAGGGAAACACACUGACAUGUCCUUCUGAAGACCAUUAUCACAUUAAGGUUAAUCAAUCUUUAAGAAAAGAGAUAUUUCAACCCUGAAGUGUUACACUGAAUACUAAUCUAUUUGAUUUAAUGCAGUAGAAAUAUAAAAAGUAAAAGAGCUACUAAUCUGCCAAAAGUAUUUUAUUUAGAAAUUGUGCAGUGUUUUCCUGAACCUCUUUCUCCAUGUGCUCGUAAAUAUGAUCUUGGAUUUGAUGUAGAACAUGCUGUGGUCUUCCUUCCAGUGUGAAUAUUUUUAUUUAUAUAUUAUAUUUCCAUAAUGGAGAGUAAGGAUCUAAUUUGUGAAAGGAAUUUAAAAAGAAAAGAAAUCGAAUAGCUGAGAUAUAUUUCGUGCUAUUUUUUACAUUAUUGAUGUUGAUAGAAGUGAAGAACUAUUUGGUUUAAUGUUCUUAAAGCGCACAGAGGACGUACUGACUUGCAUCAUGGGAAAAGUUGUUUCAUAUGAGGUAUGGAAAGAGCACAUUUUUCAGUAUCAGUUUAAAACUGUGAAUGUAUAUGGUUAGUCAACUGGGGACCAUUUUUAUUAAAAGUUGGGUAAAAACUUUGCCCUCUUAUUAUUUUAGAUGAACAAAAGCAAAACUAAUACCUGCAAACUAAAACUAAUACAGUACAUAACGUACUUUAAGUAGAGCGGCGGCUACAAUUAUCGACACCUUAACGAUCUUUUGGCCGUUGCAAAAGUAGAAAAGACUUUCAAUAUGUAAAUUGUGCAUGAAUAGUUACUCAAACUUCCACUGAAAAAAAAAAGAAGAGUUGAUUCCUGGUUACUUAGCGUAUCAGAUCACGUGACACCGUUCCACAGUUAUCGACACCUUUGUCCACAGUUAUCGACACCGUUCCACAAUUAUCAAUAUCCAGAUGAUUAUUUAUAAAAAGAAAUUGGUAUGUAGUAUUAAGUUAACAAAACAUAGUUUUUAUUUCAAAUUUGUUUUACAUAGACAUAUUUAGUACAAAAUAUAUUUUAUAUAAAAAUAUGGAUGUCGGCGCUUACGUAAAUGAUGAAGUAAUUCUAAUGUUUGUAUACAAAUGAACUGAUAAUGUUUAACCUGCGUCAGAAAAUCUUUUAGUUCCACUUUCUACCCACUUUCUAAGUAUUUUUGUAGAUCACAUUUUGUUAAUCAUUUGUUAUUGUUUGUAUGUUGUUAAUUUCUAGUUUCAUAGUUUGCCAAUAAAUGUCAACAGGCAAUUGACAUUGUAACUGCAUGAAAAUCCAGGUCAAAGGUCACAUGUCAUUCCUCGAACCAAAAUAUAAACUGUCUACUAAUAUUGUAAUAUGUGGUAGAUCUUUACAACAGACAAACAAACAAACAAACAAACAAACAAACAAACAAACAAACAAAAAAUUCUGAAUGGAAUAGAAAAAUCUGAAUAUUUCAAGCAUGUCUUUUUUUUAUAUGCAAGGAAUUUAAUUCUGGUCUAAUUCUAUUUAUUGCACUCAGGUUCCAAAUACUCUAUAAACAUUCCAUUCUGUUUUGAAUCAGAAAAAAAAUUAUUAUAAAUCACAGCACUUUUAUUUUUUUAAAGUACUUAAUCUACUUCAACAAUGUUACACAAAGAUUGAUCCAUAACAGUUGUAAAUGUCACUUAAUUCCACAGGGUGUCGAUAAUGGUGGACACCGGUGUAAGCGAUCACUAUUAUCGACACCUCACGUGACUUCUCAAACACGCAUUCAGAUACGGUACAAAACGGUGACUGUCAAACGAAAGAGUAAGAAACAAAGUAGGUUUCGACAAGGAGAUCAUGAAAUAUUGGUGAAUUUGAUGAGUAAAAACAUGUCUGUAAUCUUUCCACCAUGCUUACCUGUGACGAUAAUGUUCGGGUUUUCCUCAAACUGUUGAUCGUGCGAAAAAAAUUCCAUCUCCGAUAACGAGCUGUGUCAUCAGACGACAAGAUCAAAGGGCGAGGGGGGUCUUCCGGUCAAUUAAUUAACCAAUAAUAACUGUUGUAACUGAAACUCACCUUUGUAAAAUAGUUUUUUAUUGGUAAAUCUGAAAAAGUGUUGAUAAUUAUGGACUGUCAAUAAUUGUAGCUGCCGCUCUAGUAAAGUUGUGAUUUUGUGAGUGGAUGGCUCUUGUAUUUUAUUUUUAAGACUUUUUCUAAAGAGCUGUUAGUACUGAAAAUGUCACUAAAGCAAACAACAAGCAAAGCACCUCAUGAUUUUGUAUAACUUGUUUGGUUCAUUCUUGUUGUUUGCAUGUUUUU